AUAUCCUUAUUAUAACUGGAUUCGCGCGAGUCUGUGUAGCGGUUUUGUAAAUAAUAAAGAUAAAGUUUAUUAAGUAAUAUUAUUUUGAAACGUCGUAUUGUAAUACCGUAAUUUAUUUGAAGGUUAUCUUAACCUCAACAGCGGGGUGUUUAUAAUUCUAGUAAGAAGUCCGACAGUAAUAUGAAUCCUAAAAUCGUUAUCAUUGGAUCUUGCAGUGUUGAUUUCACGACAUAUUCUCCAAGACUUCCCAAACCCGGUGAAACUCUUCAUGGAACCAAAUUUAUUACAAGCUUUGGUGGUAAAGGUGCUAACCAAUGUGUAGCUGCAGCGAAACAAGGAGGAAAUACGUAUAUGAUCGGCAGAGUAGGAAAUGAUCAUUGGGGUCAACAGUAUAAAGACAAUUUAAAAAGUCAUGGAAUCGAUGUAACAUAUACUCAUAUUACUAAUGAUGUUACCACUGGUAUUGCUCAAAUAUCAGUAGCAGAAAAUGGUGAAAAUCAAAUCAUUAUAGUGCCUGGUGCUAAUAAUUAUCUUAGUAAAGCUGAUGUUGAUGAAGCAAAAGAAUUAAUAGAAAAUGCUGAUAUCAUUAUCGCACAACUUGAAACUCCAUUUGAGAUCACAUUGGAAACAUUUAAGUUAAACAAGGGAAUAAAAUUACUAAAUGCUGCUCCUGCUAGGACGGAUAUACAAGAAAUAUUGCCUUAUUGUACUAUACUCUGUGUAAACGAAACAGAAGCCUCUUUAUUAGUGGGUUUUGAAGUUGAAAUCUCUAAUAUAAAGGUUGCUCUUGAUAAACUACUGGAAACUGGAUGUGAAAUUGCCUUAAUAACAUUGGGGCACCAGGGAGCCGCAUACUGCUUAAAUAAUACGAGAAAUUAUAUUCAUGUUUUAUGUGAUAAAGUAACAGCAGUAGACACGACUGGUGCUGGUGAUGCAUUUGUUGGUGCUCUAGGUACAUUCUUAGUAAAUAAAAAGAAUAUUGAUUUCCACCAAAUUGUAGGUGCUGCUUGUGAAAUAGCAACACUAUCGGUAACCAAAGAAGGUACUCAAACUAGUUACCCGGAAAAAUACGAUGUUUUUAACAAAAAAUUCAAAUAUGUUUGUCUUUAAUUGAGCAUAGAAGGAAAUUGAAAAGGGAUAGUCUUAAAUAAAAGUCAGAUAUUUUAAA